AUGCCCUCUAACAAUGCUGCGUGGCUUGUGGCCGCAAAGACGUCACCACUCGAGGUCAAGGAAGCGCCCCUCACACAACCAGGCGAGGGCCACAUUCUCGUCAAGAACUCGGCGGUGGCCAUGAACCCCGUUGAUCUCGCCAACCAACACGUAGGAAUUUUCAUCCAGGCAUCGCAAUAUCCCGUCAUUCUUGGAGAGGAUGUUGCUGGUGUCGUAGAGGCAGUCGGCUCUGGCGUCACCGAGUUCAAGGCCGGUGACAGAGUCCUUGGAUACGCGACGUCUCUUGCGAGCAAGGACAAUGUCAACAGCGCUUUCCAGGAGUACACUGUCAUUCGUGCAGAGUGCGCAUCCAAGAUUCCCGAGAAUCUGUCUUUUGAGCAAGCCGCGGUUCUGCCUCUUUCUCUCGCCACGGCUUCAUGGGCCCUGUUCGGUGAUGCGACCCUCAAGAUGAAAUAUCCCAGCCUCGCUCCUGAAGCUAAUGGCGAGACGGUCCUCAUCUGGGGAGGCGCCUCCAGCGUUGGAGGAUCAGCCAUUCAGCUGGCGAAGGCAGCCGGUUACGAAGUCAUCACCACUGCAUCCGCCAAAAACCACGACUACGUCAAAAGCCUGGGCGCCGAUCAUGUCUUUGACUACAAGUCCCCUCAAGUUACCAGGGAGAUUGCCUCGCUUCUCACCGGUAAGAAGUUUGCAGGCGCCCUCGAGGCCAGCGGCGCAGACGACGGUAUGACCAACGCCAGUCAGUCAAUCGCUCAUGCCGAAGGUCUCCACAAGAUGAUCUGCGUACGAAGCGCAUCGUCUACAUCGCCCGAGGUCGAGGCUCAGGUCAUUCUAUCGACCAGCAUCAUCAACACUCCAGUUGCUAAGGCUGUUUUCGCUGACUAUGUACCUGAUGCUCUGGAGCAGGGCAAAUUCAAGGCUGUCCCGGAAGCGGAAGUUGUUGGAAAGGGUUUGGAGUCGAUUCAGUUGGGCCUCAACACGCUUGCGAAGGGUGUCUCGGCUAAGAAGAUUGUUGUUUCGCUCUAA